AUGAUUUCUUUGGUAAAUUUAAAUAUACCAAUAAUUAGUUUAUGUGUUGCAUCACUCAUUGGAGCUGUUAGUGUUUAUUUUUUAAAUAAAAAAGAAGAUGAGGAGGAGGAAGAUGAAAUUAAAUUUGUUAAAGUUGGUACUAUUGAAAAAUUAUUUAUUUAUCCUGUUAAAUCAAUGAAAGGUAUAUCUGUACCGUACAUAGAAUGUACUAAAGUAGGAGGAAAUUAUAAAUAUAUAAAAGAUAGAAGUUUUAUGGUUGUUGAUAGAAAAACAUCAUUAUAUAUUGGAGGUAAAAAAGAAAGAAAAAUUGUUUUGAUUGAACCAUCAUUAAAUUAUGAUAGUAUAACAUCAUCUUUUGUUUUGACAUUAAAAUGCAGUAAAAAUAAAACAUCUGUCAGUGUUAAUUUAAAUGAAGUUGUAAAAAAUGGAAUUAUUAUUUCAGCAAAAGUUUUUGAUGAUGGAAUUUGUGAUGGUUAUGAUUGUGGUGAUGAAGUUAGUAAUUUUAUUAAAAAUAUUCUUGAUUCUUCAGCUGAUUUACGAUUAAUGUAUCAUACAGAAAGUUUAUUUAGACAAAGGCAUGCUGUUGUAGGACCAAAAUAUUCAAAUACAAAUGUUUCUAAAGGACCACAUGAAAUAAGAUAUCAAGAUGAUGUUCCAUUUAAUAUUUUAACAAAAGAAUCAAUAAAUGAUUUAAAUAAAAGAUUAAAUCAAAAUGAUUUUUUGCUAACUGAAAGAUUUAGACCUAAUAUUCUUGUUAGUGGUUGUAAACCAUAUGAAGAAGAUUUUUGGAAAUAUAUAAAAAUAUCAUCAAGUAUUUUUGAAUAUUUGAAACCUUGUACACGUUGUAUUCAAACAACAAUAAAUCCAUUAACAGCUGAAAAACACCCAAAUUUGGAACCAUUGAAAGAAUUAAGAAAAUAUCGUUUAGCUAAUGGAAGAAUAGCAAAAGAGUAUGGUAUAAGUCCAGUUUUUGGUGUUCAUGUUGGUGUCAAAAAUGGUGGUAUCAUUAAAGUAGGUGAUGAUGUUUAUGCUAGUUACAAAAAAGUUUCUUACUAA